AUGGAUACAUUUCUAGGUCAUUCUAAUUUUUUACAACAUCAAAAAAUUGAUCAAAAUAUGCAUAAUAUUAAUGAGGGAACUAUAAGUUCCUCUUCUUCAUCAUCAUCUUCAUCUUCAGUUAUAUCAAGUGCUGAUAAUGAAAAUAAUCAUACUUCAAACAGUAGUAGACCUUCAACUCCUCCAACUCCAUGUUCUUCAAUUUCAGAAUCACCAAAAACAUCAAAUAUAUUUAAAUCAAAUUCCCCUUUAUAUAAUUACGAUGAUCUUUUACAAAGUUUACCUAAUUGUCAAGAUUAUUUACAAUUAAUAGAACCAAAUCCUGUAUUACCACCUUCUUAUGAUACUUUACCACCAGGAGGUUGUCCUAAGUUUCCAAUCAAUUUUCCUAUAUCAUCAUAUGAUCAACAAUAUUAUGAUUCUUACAUAGCUUCUUCAUCUAUUACCACUGACAAAUCAUUUCAAAUACUUAAUCAAGAAAUUUUACCACCUUCAUAUUCUCCUGCAAUAUAUAAAAUAGGAAUAGUUGCAAGAAAAUUAGAAUGGAAUAAUCCAUUUGAAUUAUCAUCAAAUAGAAGUUGGAAAUAUUUUAUUGCAGAAUUAAAUUCAACUCAAUUAAAUUUAUAUAAUUUACCAACACAAUAUGAAACUCAAAUAUUUGCAUUUAAUCCAAAAAAUAAAAUUAAUAAUGGUUAUAAAAUUGAAUCAACAAAUAAUUCAAUAUUUACAGAUUAUAGUGAUCAUCAAUUUUAUGAUUAUGUUAAAAAAUUAGGAUUAUUAGAUGAUAGUUCAUAUAAUAAUAAAAAAAAGGGAUUAGUUCGUUCUUAUUCUUUACAACAUACAAAAUUAGGUUUAGCAACAGAUUAUAAAAAAAAGGUAAAUGUUUUAAGAUUAAGAAUUGAAAAUGAACAAAUAUUAUUAAAUUUUGGAAGUAUACAAGAUUUAAUUGAUUGGAAUUUAGCUUUAAAUGUUGGUAAAGAUGUAAGUUUAGAUAUUAAUGAAAGAGAAUUACCAAAAUAUAGGACUGUUCCAAGAAGAAGAAGAAGAAAUAGAAAUAGAAAUAAUAGUAACGGUAAUAGUAACAGAUUAAGAGAUUUUAAUUCAUCAUCUAAUAAUAAUUUAAAUAAUUCAAAUAAUAGAUCAAGAUCAUUAUCUGAUCCAAAUAAAAUUAAAGGUUCAUUAAGUAAAUUAAAAUUAAAAUUAAUUAAAUCAAGAUCAAAAAAUUCAAAAAUUCAAUCAUUUGGAAAAGGAAUAAAUCAAAAACAAAAUAAUGUUGGAUUCGAUACUCCAUUAGCUGUUAAUAGAUCUCGUUCAGAAAAUGAUUUAUAUAAUCCAAUUGAAAAUUCAUCAUCAAGUUAUCAUAAUUUUCAACAAUCUCAAAGAAAUGGGAAUCAUAAUCAGCCACAAUUUUUCAUUAACUCCGAUCAUCAUCGACAACAUGAAGAUGAAGAUGAUUAUAAUGUUGAUGAUGACGAUGAUGAUGAUGAUGAAUAUGAUGAUGAAUUUAAUGAAGUAUUAAGAAGAUCAAGAAUUGAAACUCUGAUUCAUGAUCAUCUUCAAAUUCAAAAUCAAAAUACCCCUAAUAUUGUUGAUGAUCAAGAAGAUAUUCAAAAUAUGUCUGAUUUACCACAUUCAGAUGAUGAAGAUGAUGAAGAUGAGGAAGAUGUGGAUGAAGUAAUAGAUGAAAAUGAGGAGGAGGAAGAAGAUGAAGAAUAUGAAGAUACUGAUGAAUAUUUCACACCACCACCAUCAGAAUCACAAUCACAAUCACAACAACAACAAAAUCAAAAACAAAAAAGACAAAGAUCAUCAAACCCCAAAAAUUUUAAUAAUGAUUUAGAUUAUAAAUGGAAUCCACCAUUAGAUAAACCACAAACAAAAAAAAAAUAUUAUAAGAUAUGUUUAAGAUGUAUAAAACCAUUAACAAUGGAAGAUUCAUGGUGUUCAAAAAUAUUAGUUAAACCAACAAGUUUAUCACCAUUAGAAAUUACAUUUUUAAGAAUUAUAAAAUAUUCUGGACCAAAUGGUGAAUUAUUAUCUUCUGCUUCAAGUAGCUCUAGUCUUUAUCUGUUGGGUAAAAAAAAUAAUGGUUCUUUAUUUAAAGAUUCAAAUAAUAUUUAUGGUAAUAGUAAUAAAAAUAUUAUAUUACCUGAUGUUGCUUUAACUAGAUUACCUAAUCAUUUUUUAAAAGAAUUUUUAGUUGGUUCUCAUGGUUUAAUACCAAGAGAAAUUAUUUAA